GCUCUGCUUUUUACUUAUAUAAUGACGUCAGUGUAUGCAGACGGUUGUCCACAUGUCUUGAAAUUGAUAGUCCCACGCUGUGAACCAGAGCAACCGGCUCCUUACACGUGUUCGGCUAAAAUCCAUUUCCCUUUAUAAUCUAUACCCCUUACUCUUCUUCUCCCUAAAAUGGUAUAGUACUAGCAAGCAAGAGACUCUCUUUCAGACUUGAAAGUGAACUUCCGAGUUUUAUGGUCUCAAUAAACCCUUAGCCAUUUUCGUUUGUUUCCACCACCCCCAUGAAUAUGAAUUUAUCAGGUUUCGGUACUACUCUACCUCAUACGAUAACGACGGCGCCUGCGACAACGAUGCCUGUUUCUGCAAGGAGCCAGACGAUGUCGUUCAGUGAGGAUCUAACAAAGAAGAUUAGAAAGCCAUACACAAUCACCAAGUCUAGAGAGAACUGGACGGAGCAGGAGCACGACAAGUUCAUUGAAGCUCUCCAUUUGUUUGACCGUGAUUGGAAGAAAAUUGAAGCCUUUGUUGGAUCAAAAACAGUUAUUCAGAUAAGGAGCCACGCGCAGAAAUACUUUCUCAAGGUUCAGAAGAAUGGAACUAACGAACAUCUUCCACCUCCUCGACCAAAGAGGAAAGCUAAUCAUCCUUAUCCUCAAAAGGCUUCCAAAAGUGUUGCUCUUUCAACUUCAAACGCAUUGCUUGAACAUGAGUACUUGUACACCACCACUCAUCCACAACCAGUGAUUUGUACUCCUAGUCAUGGAUUGAUACGUCGGGGUGUUAUUACGCCAAAUCCAGUGAUCAAAGAGGAAUCGGGUGUCCCAGAGAACUGUUGCAGCACUACUAGUAGUAGUAUUAGAGAUAAUGGGCAGAGGACGAGAACCGUUACGCAGACGGAUGACCAGAAGGUGAUGAUGCCGAAUUUCGCUCAAGUGUACAGCUUUAUAGGAAGUGUAUUUGAUCCACAAACAACAGGUCAUGUUCAGAGGUUAAAGCAAAUGGAUCCAAUUAAUCUAGAAACGGUCCUCUUAUUGAUGAGAAACUUGUCUGUAAACCUGACAAGCCCCGAGUUUGAAGAACAACGGAGGUUCAUAUCAUCAUACAAAGGUGAAUAGAGAGACUAGGUUAGGUACAAUGAGGAGCGAGAGAGGAAGUGAACACUGCUACUCUCUUUCUCUUCACGUGUCGAGCUCUCAUUGACCGGUACUGGACCAAAUGAGUGAGGCGGUUGUACUUGUACAUACGAGCCAAGAGUUUAGAAUAUUUUGUGAUCUUAGGUGUUAGAUAAAGCCUGUGUAGAAAGAUGUAAUAGAUAUAGCAUGUGUUUUAUAAUAUCCAGUCGCUACUCGUUUAAGUUUUUUUUUUUAUCUUUAAAUAUAUAUGGAAUGGACUAUGACGAUCCUGGUUUUUCAAGGCUCUGAAGGCUGAACACU